CCGCGCUUCUCUCCGCGCCCGCCGCCCGGCUCCGCGCCGCUCCGCGCAGCCCCCGCCGCCGCCCGCCCAUGGUGCUGCCCGGCCCGCCCAGCAUGUCCCGCUCCGAGGAGGUGCACCGGCUCACCGAGAAUGUCUACAAGACGAUCAUGGAGCAGUUCAAUCCCAGCCUCAGGAAUUUCAUUUCUAUGGGGAAGACCUAUGAAAAAGCCUUAGCAAGUAUGACUUACGCAGCAAAAGGAUACUUCGAUGCUCUGGUUAAGAUGGGAGAGUUGGCCAGUGAAAGCCAAGGAUCUAAAGAAUUGGGAGAUGUGCUCUUCCAGAUGGCAGAGGUCCACAGGCAGAUCCAGAACCAGCUGGAGGAGAUGCUCAAGUCCUUCCACAACGAGCUCCUGACGCAGCUGGAGCAGAAGGUGGAGCUGGACUCCCGGUACCUGAGUGCUGCGCUGAAAAAAUACCAGACAGAGCAAAGGAGCAAGGGGGACUCGCUCGACAAGUGCCAGGCAGAGCUGAAGAAACUUCGGAAGAAGAGCCAAGGCAGCAAAAACCCCCAGAAGUACUCUGACAAGGAGCUGCAGUACAUCGAAGCCAUCAGCAACAAGCAAGGCGAGCUGGAAAACUACGUCUCCGACGGCUACAAGACGGCUCUCACGGAAGAGAGGAGACGGUUCUGCUUCCUGGUGGAGAAACAGUGCGCGGUAGCGAAGAGCGCCAUCACCUACCACGCCAAGGGGAAGGAGAUGUUGACACAGAAGCUGCCGCUGUGGCAGCAGUCCUGCUCAGAUCCCAACAAGAUCCCGGACCGCGCUAUCCAGCUGAUGCAGCAGAUGGCUGCCAGCAGCAACGGCACCAUUAUGCCCAGCCCUCUGUCUACAUCCAAAUCCAACCUCAUCAUCUCUGACCCCAUCCCUGGUGCCAAACCUCUCCCUGUCCCCCCAGAGCUGGCACCUUUUGUAGGACGCAUGUCGGCGCAGGAGGCCAUGCCGGUGAUGAACGGAGCCUCAGGCCCAGACAGUGACGGGUACAACCACUGGUCUGAGAUGAAGCCAGCACAGCCCAAAUCUUUAUCUCCUCCCCAGCCUCAGAAGCAGCUGAGUGACUCUUACUCCAAUACACUCCCAGUUCGCAAAAACGUGCCGCCGAAAAACAGCUAUGCAUCAGCUGAAAACAAGACGCUGCCGCGCUCCAGCUCCAUGGCCGCAGGGCUCGAGAGGAACGGCAGGACGAGGGUGCAGGCCAUUUUCUCUCACGCUGCCGGAGAUAACAGCACCCUCCUGAGCUUCAAGGAGGGUGACCUCAUCACGCUGCUGGUGCCGGAGGCCAGGGAUGGCUGGCAUUACGGAGAGAGCGAGAAAACAAAAAUGAGGGGCUGGUUUCCUUUCUCCUACACGCGGGUCCUCGACAGCAACGGCAGCGAGCGGGUCCACGCAAGCCUGCAGCAAGGGAAGAGCAGCAGCACCGGCAACUUGCUGGACAAAGACGACAUCGCCAUCCCGCCGCCCGACUACGGCAUGGCCUCCCAGGCCUUCCCGGCGCAAGGCGUCAACACCUUCAAGCAGAGGCCGUACAGCGUGGCCGUGCCCGCCUUCUCCCAGGGUCUCGACGACUACGGGACGAGGUCCGUCAGCAGCCCCGAUGUUGAAGUGGCCAGGUUUUGAGGUGCCCCUGCCCGUAGUUAGUCUCCGGUGGCCACCGGCCCCAGCCCUCUCCCGUGGGAUGGAGCAGAUCCGCGCUAAUGACGAGUUUUUUGAGCAGCUUCUUUUGGUUGUAGACCGCGCCUCGGGAGCCUCCUUGUCCCGACCCUGGUCGCGGCCCUGGGGCAGGGAUGGAGGAGUUUCCCCCGGAGCCCAGACCCUGCUCGCCGGCCCUGCAGAGCCCCUGAGAGCCCUUUUCCCAUUUCUCUUUGAUCUGUGAGCUGGUUUUCCUGCGGCUGCCGGAGCAGUGGCUCUCCUCUGCCAGAACAAAAAUAGUUAAAUAAUAAUCCCUGGUGACUCAUCAAAGCAACCUUUCCUCUCCCUCCAGUCCUGAGAAUCUAUUUUGGCAUCCUGGGGGGAAAAGUGAUCUAAGAAUCUGCAUUAAUUAGGUGGGAAAUUAAUUGCCCUAUUUUUAAGCAAAAGCCAUUUAUCGUUUGAGGAAAACAAAAGCGUGCUUGGAGGGGUGAGGGAUGGCAGGAGAGAGAGAGGGGCUGGGGGAGGCAGUGCGUGCCCUUCCUGGGGGGCUGGGGGGACCGAGCCUCGUCCGCCCCACGGGAGGUGGUUGAGGAUGUCCCAAAGCUGCUCAGGUCCAGGUGGAGGGAGCCAGUAACCGCAGCUGCCCCUGACGUGGCUUAACCCCACGGUCACGUUUGUCUUGCUAACAAUUUACCUGUGUCGGGGAUGAUGGGGCUGUGCCCGUUGCGGGGAGGGACACACCUGCAGUGGCAGUGCUGGGGACCGAGCGGGGCGUGUUGUAGCAGAAAGGAGCGGGUCUGUGCAGCUCCCCGGGGAGGGCUGGGGGCAAAGGGUGGGCUGGGGUCGGCCAGGCAGGGAAGGGCUGGCUGGCUGCAGGUGAGGCAGGCGGAGGGGGGGGGGGGGCUGCAAGGAGGGCAGGGGGCUGCAGGGCUGCUCCCUCGGCCGCUGUGCCCGGUGCAGGUUUGGACCUGCUGGCCCCGGGGCAGCCCAGGGCAGCCGUGCACCGCAGGCGGCCGACGGUACCCCCAUGGCUGCUUGCCCCCCCCUGCCCGGUGGCCAUGGGACGGUGCUGGGGACAGCCCAGGUAGGUAAAGCCCGGCUCAGCCCGGCUGCUCAGGGCUCUGGCUGGGGCCGCUGCCGCUCCUGGGGGUGGCCGAGGCUGGCUGGCCGGGGGGAGCCGGGCUCUGCUUGGCCCCCUGGCCCUGCCGAGCUCCUCCGGGCGCCCUUCCUCUCCCCACGCUUUGCCUCGCCGACAUUUGGCUUCUCCAAAGGCUUCGCAGCCGGCGCGGCACGGAGCUGCAAGCUCUGCUCUUGCCCCCGGUGUCCCCACGUGUGCCACGGCAGGCAGGGAGCCAGACCCCCCCCAGCUGCUCCCCCAUAGUGGCACGGGGCAGAGCCGGGCGAUCUCGGGGUGCUCCCGUGCGUGGGAAGGGCUGGAGCAGCCUGCUGGAAAGUGGGGGAGGCGAACAUCCCCCACGCAGCAGCUCUUGCGGGUUCACCUCUUACACCCAACGCGGCUUUAAUGGUGAGAGAAGCAGCCGAGCUGGCCAGGGGCUCUGCAGGGCAGAGCAGCUCCAGCUUAACCCCUUCCCAAAUGCUGUUGCCCCCACCCCCGGGCUGGUGGAGGGGACAGGGCUGGUGGCGCCAGGCUCACCGCCAGCCCCGCUCGGGCUUGGGCUCAGCCUCGCAGCGCAGCCACUGCAGCCAAAGCUUUUUGGGGGGGACGGGGGAGGUCUUGCCAAGUUUCCACUGGCUGUGCCGGUGCCCCAUCCUCGCCGCCAUCCCCCCCCGCUAAACCCUGCCUUCCUCUUUC